CCACAGUCACGCCUCGUCAGCUUGCUGUACUCCACCUAAAACGUUUGUUGAAGUGAUCUUGUCGACAAACUUCAACACGUAGCUGGCCACUCAACUCAAAUCCCCUUUCACCCACCAGUAUCCCCAAGAUGUUCUUCGCAAAUGGCUUCGUUGAAACAGACCGACGUGCGUCGACUGUAUGCCCGGAUGAGAGCGAUAUCCUACGUGAACUCUUGCUCGACGGUGAGUUCAUGUCACCACGACAGCUGCCUCCAACGCCAGCCAAGACGUUCGGAGACAACUUCUUCAACAGCAAUCCCGCUACCACGCCCGGUUUCUCGAAGCGAAGCAAUCAACAAGUCGACGUCUCGUUCCCUCAAAUCUGCUUCGACAACUCGCCCCACUUCACGCGCUUGCAGCCAUUGUCCAAUCGAAGUUGCACCAGCUUCUCGUUGCCUAACCAGUCUCCACUUCCAGCAUCCGUUGUCAACGCAAUUGUGUCGCCACCGCGUGUAUUCGUGCAAGAGUUCGCUCGUCUUCCCCACCCGUUCUUUCACGACAAUAUGUCCAUGGACAUCGACAUGCGUAGCAACAGACCUGAGAAAUCCACCGUGUCAUUCCUGACGUCUUGUCUCCCUCCUGCACCUCUGCCCAUGCUGUCAAUGCCUCCGCUCAAGAAGAAGAAACUCUCGGCCACCACCACGUCGUCAAGCAACGACAGGAAGCAAUUGCGCUGCAAGUAUCCGGACUGUCCGAACCUGCGUCGUUCUGCAGGUUUCUGCAAUCGCCACAGUGGCAAAGUGUGCAGUAUUUCGGGCUGUAACAAGUCUGCACUGAGCCGGGGAAAGUGUCCCGAGCACGGUGGUGGCUCUCGCUGCAAGAAAGAAGGUUGCUCCAAGUUUGCCCAGACCCGCGGACUGUGCAAGUCACACGGCGGUGGCCGCCAGUGCAACGUCAGUGGAUGCACCAAGAACGCGCACCAGAACCGACUGUGUCGCUCACACGGUGGUGGCAAACGAUGCGACUACUUUGGAUGCCCCAAGUGGGCACAGCGCUCUGGAUACUGCUGUGCCCACACCAAGAUGAGCUAUAAUGGCGCCUCACCCGAUGGAGACUCUCAACGGUCUCAUCCCAACAUUCCAGCAAUUAUCACGUCGUCUUCUGCGUGUAUGCUUCCAGCUCCCGUCCCGUCCCCGACCUUGCUGUCUCCACACCGCCUCUUCUCGUUGCUGCCAUAAAUGGCGCUCUACAUCCCAGAUAAUCAUAUCCCCAAGAGACUACCAACUACGUCGAGACAGAUCGACGAGUAGUCUAAAAAGGCGCUGGCUCGCUAAAAGAAGCGAGCUUUGCAGCGGGUCGACGGAUAGCUGCCGUCCGUGUAGAAUGCAUUAUUUACGUGCCACCGCACGACUACAGCAGCAAAACAUAUAAAGAGUAACAAUCCAACGGAAGAUGUAUACUGU